AUCUGCGAGCAGCUUGUCAGCCCUGGUUUGAGACUUCCACCUCCACGCCGUUUUUACACAGUUAGCAACAGCAGCAGCAGCAGCAGCCCGGUUCACCCGAACAGAACCCACAAUACAGCUAUGGAUCCAAGAAUACGGCAGAUAAAGAUCAAGACUGGUAUCGUUAAGAGGUAAGAGUCUCCUCUUUAUGGUUGGGAAUGAUUGUGCUUGUCACAGGAGCCGUUAACAUUAGGCUAACGUUAGCGGCUCUGUAGCUUAGCAAUGCUAACAGGCCCGCGAAGGAGGAGUGUUUGUCGGACACUCUGCCUACUCUAUACCGGUGUGUCAGGGCGGCCUGUGGAUAAAUGAAUUGUAGUUUGUUUUAUUUUCAGUUGCUGUACUGUAUUACUGUUUGGCAGCACAUGUUUGACUUUCUCGUAUGUUUAAGAAAAGUAGCGUUGCCCAGAAAUCAUGUUUAACGUAAGUUGCAGUAGCGAUGCUAACGCUAGCAGUUAGCCUGUCAGUGAUGUGUAUUUAGGGUCUUAGGCAGGUAUUUGAAACUGUCAGGGAUGUUGAUGCUAAACCGUACACUCAGUAGAGCCUCAACAUGUUGUAUUUGACUUUAAAGUUUACUAAGAAACAUAAAAUAAAUACAAAAAAUGUAGGUAACAGCUUCAGCUGAGCUGCAAGUUUAAGUCUUAACUCGGUUGUAUUUAUAAUAGUUUUUUAAGCUACUAUUAUUUCUUUUUUGUGAUUAUUACGACAUGUUUUGGUUGUUAACUUGUUUUUAUGUCCAAGAAAGCUUUCCCUAACUUAUCAUGUAGGACAUUUAAGAAAUGCACAGUCAUGUUAUCACCAUUACUGGCCCUUUCACAAUAGCAUCUACAGCUUAGUUAUUCCCUUUCCUAGUGAUAGAUGAAUACACAACUUAAGUACUUGAGUCAAAGUAUAGAUAGAUAUAGAUAUAGAUAGAAGUUGCACCAGUGCAGUCAAGAAAACAUGAAUGUAAAUCCUGCUAACCUGUUUAUUUAGAAAUUAUUAUUUACAUUUUUAAAGUCACAUCCUGCAGAUUUCCAGAUUUGCAUCUUUAAAAAAAACAAUCCCUUUUUCCUUCUUGGACAGCUUCCUACAUAAAUCCACAUCCAGAGAAAUCAAACAGAAUAUUCAUGAAUUUGUAAGAAAGUAAUUUGAUCAACCAAUUAUAGAAUAAAAUGGCAACUGGGAGUCUACAAGCACAGACACCUUGGUUAGGAAAUAAGACCAGUGUUAGGUUACAUAUCCCACAAUGAUUCUUUUUUGAUUGCUCAAUAUUUUUUUAAGGCUGUGGUGAAGUUUGUAUGCUUUAUGCAACGGACAUGAACCCUAGAUUUAGCCAUGAGUGCCCAAGUGGAGAACCAUCAUCCUUCUGUGUCGUGAAUUGCCGGGUCUGUUCGCUCUGCGGAUACUCUGUUCAACCAUAGAGGUUUAUAGUGCACAAGUAUGAUAACAUCACCUCAACAAAACACAAACACAGUUUAGCGUUUGUUAUAUUAGAUACAAGGUUUGCUUUGUGCUCUUGCAACUCUGGCAGUGCAUGUCAUGAUCAUCUGACAUCCCCAGAAAAAAAAGCUAAGUUGCUUACAUGCAGGAAUGUGUGUCCACUAAGGGCUUUUAUUUAUUGUAGCAAGCAUAUGGAAACUAAUUCUGAGAAGGUUAGAUUGGGCUGAAGAUUUGAAGGAAUACUUUCUCUUUUCUAACCUAAGGAUUUGUUGUGUGAUCGUAUAUCUCUGACAGCACAUGUACCUUUUAAAUAAAUUUGUUUUGUACAUGAUGUCUAGACAGAUUUAAAAUGGGACAAAACAGAGUCUUUUUGAUGUAGGACCUGUCAGGCUCAUCAUCCAGUUAAGCCGGUCUAUUUAUAGAGUCGUAUCCACGCCCAAAUUUCUACAAUAGCCAGAUUUACCAUGCUGGAAUGGAAAACACAGGUCUGCUGGGAUAAUGGGCUCUGAAUAGUCGUGUGUGUGUGAUGGUCUGAGAGGAUCUCUCGUCCAUCAGGCAGACCUCUAAUUCCCCCUGUCAAUGGAGACAGUGUAAUGUGCUAUCGAUUGUGUUUUGAUGAGGCUCAGAUUACAAACAGGCUCGCUGAGGUGGUAAUGACGGAGGCUGGAUUUCCCAGAGAGGAUCAUCUUAAAGAGCACAAGGAUAAUGUACUUCAUCAACCAGGACUGUCUGUGAUCUCUCUAAUAUUUUCAGGUUUACCAAAUGAACUCAAGGCAAAUGAUAGGGUGAGAUUGCACGAUAUAUAAACAGGAUAAUAAUAAUAAUAUCAUAGAAAUGUUUUAUCAUAGCAGGGUCAUGUUUGCUGAUUCUCUAACUGUACUAUUUUAGCUCCACUGUUGGUGUGUCGAUUUCCUUACAAUGCUUUGUCUCAACUAUUGCUCCACCCACAACAAUUUCUGAUUGGCUAGAAUUCAGAUGCCAGAUAUUCUAUUAUACUUAAAUUCUCAAUUUUGAUGGAGAGUUUCUUGUUUAUACUGUGAAUAUAUUUCAGUUCCAAAUUUCAGUUACUUUUCUCAAGAUCUACUAAUAAUCACUGAAAAAGAGAUUUCAGCUAGCUCAUAGAAGAUCUACUGCCAUACCUGCCAACGCUCCAGUUUUUCCCAGGACUCUCCUGUAUUUCAGACUUAUCUCCUGCCCACCUCCCCUAUUGACAUUUCUCCAGAAAAUCUCCCGUAGUUUGAUGAUCCACAUUCAUUCAGGAAUCGGAUCACUGUAUUUGCCCAAAGUUUCCAGGUUUCCAGACAACCAAAGAUUGUCCUGUGUUUCUGCUGAGCCUCACAGACACCGGAUUGAUACUUUGACUUUACAAUUUGGGAUGAUUCAGGACGAUUUAAGCUGUAAACUAUAUUUAAGCAGUGUUUGUUGCCAAAUGAACCCUUCAGUGAAAGGGAAACAAAUGCGAGAUUCAAUAUUUACAUUGAUAGUCGUGCACUGUCUCGGGGUGAUGCAUUCAGGGCAGCCUCAGAUAAAAGAGUGCUGUAUUGCACGCACAGAUGUUCAGAGAGCCUCAUAUGAGACAGCAUGUAAAACAUAUGAGGACUUAAACACUAAUAUUAGUGGACUAAAUAAGUUUGUAUCAUAGGCAUAUGGUAACUAACUAUUAUUAUAUUUAUUAACAUUUGUUAUUGUUAAAACAAAAAAGUGUGCAGCUUCACUUUUACUUAUUUGGAUGAGCAAUUUAACUACAAAUACUCUCAUAAUUAGCUCAUAUCCACCGUACGAGGUAGCCCCAAAACUGCCCAGCGUGCGCCGCUAGAAUCUCCUGGAUUUUAUAACCCAAAUGUUGGCAGGUAUGUCUACUGCGUGAUAAUAAUUGUUCAAGUUUAACAUUGUUAUGAUGGAUGUUUCACCGCUUUUAUUGAGGUUGUCUAAGUGGGAGGUUCAAUGUCCAACACGCACUUUUUUAGGCAAGUAGCACCAGUUUGACAUGGACCUUCAAAAUUAAGCUAUAAAAGACUACCAAUGCUCUUUGUUUCUUCAUAAUCUCGCGUCCUCCCUCCUCAGUCUUCUCCUCCUCCUCCUCCUCCUUCUAUAUCGGAGUUUAGAGGAAACCUGCCUGCUCUUUUAGCCGGGCCUAUUUCCAGUGGCUUCUACACAUUCCAGUCAGUGCCUUUUCUGCCCUAGCGAGGCGGAUGCCCUUAAUAAAAUGACAACAGUAAUUUGCCUUUGUCAUUCCGGUCCCAGCACAGACUACACCGCGGCUCAAAAAUACAGUGCUAGAGGAGGCGGGCGGCCGAAUGUGUGUGUCGGCUGGCUCUAAUUCCCUUUUUUUCUAUUUUCCAGAGAGCUGCCUUUUCCAUUAAGCCUGAGGUGGCAGGUCUAUUUAAAACCAGCCACGACCCCACCCCUCAUUCACACGGCGCUCCAAGUCUGGGAGAAAUAAGAAAUUAACAUCAGGAGUGGAAGGGGAGGAAUGGACAUUUUGUUAUUAGACUGUCCUUCAGUUUUAUUCAAAUGAUUCCAGCCUCGCUCCUCCAUCUUUCUCCUCUCUCUGCCACCGUCUUUGACUCCACACAGGUGACAUCACUCACUCUGCAUCAAGCCGGCGAGUGCGCACACACACGGCCCGUUUUUAAAAGCUUCUUGAUGGAGGCGGAUCAGAAUGAGUGGUAAUUGAUGUAAAAUAUGACAGAGUGCCGUUGGCUUCCUCGGCUAAGCAAGGAGCAGAGCAACACGGAGGGAAGGGUCUCCGGUAAUGUGACUGAUUAAUGAAGGAUCACUCACUUACGCACACACAGCUGAUUUUAUGAAAAAUUAAAUUUGUGUUGUCAUUCCGACAAGCAGGAGCACAGCCGGAAAAAGACUAUUAGCCGGGAAUCAUUAUCAAUAGCCAUAUUUUCAAACUCCAUUAUGCCAAUCAGGGUCAGAAUCUGUUUAAUAGAUUUAGUUCCAUUUGGGCCGUAAUUGAUAAAUAAUCAAAAUUUAUCAAUGUACUCAGGCCCAUUUUCACUAACAAUCAAGGAAAAGAGGCCCAUUUACCACCUGACUUGGUCUGAAUUAGGGACUAAAUUGAUGAUCAAUUAAUCUCUAAAAAGGGAGUAGUAGUGUGUGGGUGUGUGAAGAUGUGUGUGUUUGAGGAUGGAUAAAGGACUCAAAUGAGCACAGUGAUCAGCUGUGAGCUGGAGGGCACCGUACAGUUAAAGACAAAUUUAGUUUUUGUUGGUGUGGCGGGUGUGUGAACUCAACACGGCAGUAGAAGAGCAAUGAAAGGAUGAUGUAUUGGGAAGAGGUGGUUAUACAGACUAGACUUUUCUCUUAUGUCCUCUGGGAGGCGCUACUAUGCUCCCCUAGGAAAAACAAAUAGGUGUUCCAACUCAUUUAUGUAUGAAAUCAGGGUCUCAGGAUUGUUUUAGUUUUUAUUUUACUCCUUUUAUCACAUUAUUUCUUAUUGCAUUUUUAGUCACUCCACUGUUGAACGUAUUGCAUUACACAUUCAUCUUGUACACAGAAGUCAGAUAUCCCUAAUGAUAGUUGUUAAAGUAGAUAGUGAAGAUAGAGUGGGUGAAUGCUAGGGGUGGGAAUCACCAGUGGCCCCACGAUACGAUAUUAUCAUGAUACUUCGGCCACAGUACGAUGUUAUUGCGAUUUUUAACAUUUUGCAAUACAGUGAGUAUUGCGAUACAAUAUAUUACGAUAUAUGUAAUUUUUUCAACUGUUAAGAUAAUUUAGCAUUUGUAUUUCCUUUAUGUUUGUCCUAUUUACGCUUUGUUUUAUUUUCAUGACGCACAUCUGGCAAAUCUGGUGUCACCUCUGCCAACCUCAUUGGACAAACAGUUGAUUUUAUUUCUUCCAUUAUCAUAGAUUUGACUUCAUUAGCAAUUAAUUUAAAAAAUCGAUACUUGGUAAAUGAGACGGAUAAUACCAGACAAAAUAUCACAAUACAAUGCUGUAGCUAUUUUUUUCCCCCACCCCUAGUGAAUGGCAAUAAUUUGGUGCACCCCUCCGUUUUCCCGGCCACCCCUGCCUGUGUCAGUGCCUCAGUUGUUCCACCUUAGUCACAAAGUCUGGACACAGCCCUGCAUGGCAGCACAGAGGAAACCGUUCAAUCUGAGCACUGCCAGGAUGUGAAGUUUGCUCUUGCAGGAAAACAUUUCUCUGCUGAUAUUUUAAGAAUGAGAAGAAACAGCCAAGCUUAAGUCCUAGAAAGGCGGUAAAAAGGCGACUCCUGUACUGGCAGGAGGAGGACUGACGAUCAGCUGGAGCGUAUAUUCACCUCAGUGAGAGACGGGGAGGACUCUGCUGUGAGUGCUGGUUUUAAAUAUGAAAAUAAAUUACUUGACAAAAUAAUUUUAGUCCUACUUUUUUAUGAUCUUUUAAGUUUUUUUCUCAUACUUUAAAAACAGUGACUGACCCAUACUCAUCAUGCCGUGUGCCUACAGAAAGCACCUACAUCUUCAUCCUGUUGUAGUGUAAAAGUGUCAAGGGUUGUCAAAGAUAUAAAACAUUUUUUCAUGUCAGAUGAGCAUCAUAGUUCAAUUUCAGGAGCUCGUUUUCCUCAGGCGUCAGGGACGUUUCUAUGAUAUGCAAGUAUAUCCCAUCUUAAGCCGCUCUAGAUGAGAAUACACAGAGUAAAGCUGAUCUCCUCUUGGAUGGCAGGACUCUGUGAGGAGGAAUGAUGCGUUCCCUUGUUGUUAUUGAGGUGUGUGCAUCUUCCCAUCCUGCGGGAGAUGAUCUCAGUGUGUCCCCCUCAGUCAGAGGAGCGUUGGAGAGAAUGAGGAUGAAUGGCCUUGUCUGUAAAAGGUGACCAUCACAGCCUGCCUUUUCACGGCUCUCCUUAUAUUAUCCGUCUGAGCGGCUGUGCAUUUAUGUUUCGACACUGUGUCACCGCCUCUGACGAUGAACCGUCUUUUCCUCUCUUCCUGUCUUCUGCAGGCUGGCGAAAGAGGAGAUAGCGUACAAAACCGAGGCCAAGCAGCAGGAAGAGAAGGUCGAGCGCCUGAAAGCGGAGGAAGGAGACGAUUAUGUCAUCAAGAAACAGGUAUGUGGCUCCUGAGUCUGGCGUCCUUUAAUCUGCACAACAAUCAUGCGUCUUAAUUUGAAGAUCUCUGCUUUGAGCAUUUAUCACAUGCAGGAAGUGAAUCCUCUCUCACUGAUUUGAGCCGCCCCUCAGUCAUGUAAUGAGGUCGGUCCACAGUGAUAAUGAAGAAUUAGGUUUUGAGAGGAGAAUCAUUAGUGAUUUUGUAAUCUGCCUCAUGCAGAUGUAAUUAUAUCAUGUUACUUUAGAGGACUUUGAUAAUUACUGACACAUGCUGGUGAUUUAGUAUCCCUAACCUACUUUCCAUUAUCUGUCACUGUGCCUGCUGGCCCUCCAUCAUUUAUCUGCACACUGGAGGAAGUAGUGCAGGAAGUUGAAGACAGAAAUGUGCUGCGUGUAAUGUUGUAAUUGUUGUUUUUAAUGAACGUUGGAAGAGUUUUCACCUUUUUCUAAAUGUGAUUUCUUUCUUAUGUUGCCGUCCGCAAGCAAAGACAGAAAUUUGUGUUGUAAUUAAACUGUAUGCAGUAGGGCUGGGCGAUAUGGCCUCAAAUCAAUGUCAUGAUAUAUUGAUCAGUUCACCUCGAUAACAAUAAAUGGACAAUAACUACUCCAUAAGAUGCUCACCCCCUCCCACAUGAACUUUGUCUACAACUUUUGAACCGUCCUCCAUCUCCUCACCUGGCUUUCCCUCUUUAUUACGGACUGGAUGGGGUGGAGUCACGCCUCUGACGUAGGACAGCGUCUUAUGGGACACGAGACCAGAGCCUACCUACACACAUCACAUCCAAAACCAACUUUUAUUUAUUUAUUUUUUGACACCAAAUAUACCAAUAUGGGUGACAUGAUGUCGGUUAUUGUCUUAAAUUUCGGUAUCGGUAAAUCUUCGGUUUAUCGCUCAGCCCUAUCGUGUGCCAUAAAAACAUGAUGUUAUGGCUGCAGUGGCGUCCCCGCUCUCGGGGUGUACACAUGUCACCCACUAUAUUUGGUAGUGUUUGUUUGCGUUUGUCUGUGAGUGGAUGGCAUCCUAUAGGAACAACCUGCUGAUUGGGUCAUGGGCCGAAUCUGCAGAACCAAUCGGGGAGGAGUGUCGUCAGGUCCAAGAGGCUGCCGAUUGGAGUGCUUCAGGGGCAGACACUCACGUUCACUACACCCUUUGUUAGGAAAUCUGUGUUGGUUUAAUUGUAUAAUUUUUUGUGUGUUGAAUUGUAAGGGAUAGGGAGCUGCUCACCGUCUGUUUUGAGUUAAUUUAAGUAACUUUUUUUUUCCACUCUAGUUUAGAGUCGCCUUUUGUUGUGUUUAUUUGCUCCUUUGAGCAGUACUCCACAUCCCUCUGUUCUUGCGAUAAAUACAUAUUUCUACAUUACGGACCCAAGGUUUUAUGUUGCGUCCUUUACCUUCACAAGCUGGGUUGUGACACAUGAGGGAACAUAUAACACAAGGAGACGCAUUUUAUGCUUUUGCUGUCCCUUGCUUUUCAGGCACACACACUUUGCACACACCUGUCUCCUCCUGCUCCUCUCCCUGCUCUCCUCUCUCCAUGACAUGUUGGCGACGCAUCAGUCCACGGUUAAACCUGUGACUUGUAUUUUCACAGGUUUAAUAGUGCCUGUGACUAUUUCAGGAAUCAGCUGUUUGCGGAGGGAAGGUAAAGGCCGGAAAUGAUUGAUAACUAGUUGAAUUAAAAGUACCAAACUUUAUUCCAAUGUUGUCUCUGUAUUCUGGGAACAGUGGUCACAGUAAACCAGUACCAGACCCCAGCUAAUCUAGAUUUAGAAUCUGGCAGGGAAGAACCAGAGAGUUGUUGGCAGCCCCUCCGAUAAUGUUUACUGGUAAGCAUUAAAAUUCAGCCUGUGUUUUGUUUUGUUUGUUCAUUCAUAGCGCGGCGGCACCGACUGAGCUGCGGGCUUGGCUGGUGUUAAACGGGGAGAUUGGGAGGCCAGAUGGAUUAUGGUUGGAGAUGAGAGGUCUGCGGCAGGAUGGAUUAGAGGUUUUUAUUUUAAUGGAAUCAAUACGCUGUAAGUGUCGUCUUUAUCCUGCACUGAUGGGAUCAUUCCACUGCACUGAGAGGGCACCGUGACUUUUCUCUGUUUCUGCAGCACUCUGCUUACGCCGCCUCACCUUGUCACAUCUGGACGGCAACAAACUCCACUAGUUGUCUGCUGUUUUUCAGGCGUGUCAGUUCUCCUGCCAGCCUGCCUGUGUAUGAGUUCAUCCGAGUGCCUGUUAGUGUGCAGAGCCGUGUAAAUGCAUCCAUGUUUUGACUUUUCCAGCCCAACAGAGGGCCAGGUGAGGAAGCAUCUGUCAUGAGUGAGUGUGUCUGACAGCGUUAGCCAGCUCCUCUCUGCUCUUUAGGGUGCCAGCUGGGGGAAUUCCACAUUAGCCGCGGCUGUGAAAGUUCCCUCCAGCUGUAACACACUUUCACUCGCGGUGUAGUAAAACCUCUUUACGCCUGAUCACCGCACCCUCGGCUCAGGGUUUCUUCAUUUAUCCAGGUGUGCAGUCAGAUCGAGGCGCUCCCCUGCUGCCCAACUCCCCGCCAGAUCGAUAACUCAAUAACAUUUUUCAUAGCGCUGGCUUGUUGGGAGAUGUUAACCACACGGAGUGUAUGUGGGACACCCUGCACAGAUCUGUCAGGAACAAGAGAAACAGCCGACGAAUAUUCCUCUUUCUCCAGUUUGAAAUUAAUCCUCUGCAGUCAAACAAAUAAUUACAAUCUGAUGAUUUUGCGCGGGGUUGGGUUUUAAUAAUAAACACUGUCGUUGUCUCUGUGUGCUUUCAGAUGGAGGUUUUGCAGGAGUCCAGAAUGAUGAUCCCAGACUGCCACCGCCGUCUGGCUGUGGCACACGCAGACCUGCUUCAGUUAUUAGUAAGUCACACAACAACAGCUGUUUAUUGAAGGGGUUAAAAAUCUGUGAUUUAAAUCACAACAUGAGAAAACUGUUUUGAUGAAACUCCUGAUAAGUUUAUUUUCAUGCUUCCACUGUGACUAAUUUAUCGCCGUGUUGAUAACUGACACAGAGUAAUUGUAUUUGUCAGGUACUAACAGCACAGUGUGACAGAAACAAGUACUUUUCAUGAGCUGAAACUCUGCCACCGAGCUGUUACUCCUUUUUGUUUGUGUCUCGUAUAUCUGUGAAUAAAAGUGUCUGUUUAUAGACUUUAGCACACGGCUCAAGUCUAUAAAGAGACACAGGAACUGGAGAAAAAUAAAAUCUGUUUUCUCGAAAAGUAAAAAUCUUCGUGCAAAAUCAAAAAGAGACAAAGAGGCGAGCUGGAAAUCAGUCAUCAUCUCUCACAGAGUGAAAAAUCAGAAGAAGUCUUCUCCUCUUGAAGCAAAAACAACCUGAAGAAAACAGUUAAAAAGAAGAAAGUUGAUGAAUGUAAAGAGUGUCUUUGUGACGCUCCGCUCAGCUAACUUUAGCUCAUCUCGUUUCUCCCAUAACUUCAAAAUCAGACUCUGGACGAUUAAACUCUCAAUCUAGAAAGAUUAACAUUUAAAUUAAAAUAUUGAAGGUGAGUAAAAUGUUAUUUUAUCUUUAAGAAUAUUUAAUCAUCUGAGUAACAGUGACUGCUCUGAUGCUGUUGUCUUUAAGUUAUCUCUAACUGAGUGUUUUGGCACUUUCUUGAUAAUUGCUGAUAGAGUUAGCUUAUCAUUUUAAUCAUUUUAAAUAUUCAUUAGUUUAUUUUAUCAUUAAUCAUCCUAAAAAUUAAUUUUCUUCACAUUUUUUUUUUUUGGGUGGCAGAGUGGGUUAGCACCAUGCCCCCCCCCCCCCCCCACACACACACACACACACACACACACAAAACACACACACACACACACACACACACACACACACACACACUUCACCCUUUCAUCAAUAAAGAUCAAAAGUCGCCAAAAAAAUACUUUAAAAAAAUAUAAAUUUUCUUCACUUUUUGUAGCCUGGUCUCAAUGCUGUACUAGACGGUGUCAGGUGAUGGCUGGAGCACAUCCAAAAGUUGAUGCUAACUGAAUAAAAAACAAAAGAAGAAGAAUCCGAACUGCAUCCAAAAGCAAAAGAGGAAAAUGUUCGCGCAGGGUCGUAGAAAUACAGGCUGGAGUAAAAAUCCUGAGACUGUGCACAUGCAAUCAUUGGAAUCAUGCAAACAUGCACGCCACAGUGCUGCAACACAGAAACACCAACGUAAAGCUGCAGAGCAGACACUCAGAGAGUCAAGAAUCAGCUAGCAGCAUGACUUUUGUUUGGCGCUCGUAAAAGUUACUGCUGUAUAAACAGAAUAUUAAUGAGACGGGUGUCCUGCAGAGCGUCCAAUCUUAGUGUUUGCACCUGCAGAGCACUUAGGGAAGUGUGGUUAAACCCACGAAUAACAGACCUGAGGAUUCAAGUCAUAAGAAGUGUGAUUGAAUAAUAACAUCUUGAAUUGGUGUUUAUAAAUACACGAGGCAGUUAUCAGAUGUGAAUUUCCGCAUUCAUUCAAACGUUUAUACUCUGUUUGCCUGUCCAUCACUGUAUAUGUUUACUGUUAAACGAUAGUUCUGAUAUACUUCCACAUUAAUAAUGACGUUUGAAAUAUAUCAAACUUAAUCCCGUAUUUCCUGUGGACAAGUGUGAAGUCACCGUGCAGUACCAGCGAAGCAGACUAAAGAAAACUUUCUGCUUGACGACACAAAGCUUGUUUGUUUGUGAUGCUGCUGAUCUUGAAUUUGAAUAUACUCAAGUCGCACAUGUUACACCAAUUAGCCAUGGUGUGCUAAUCCUUCCAGGACUGAAGUUGAUAUGGUGCGAAGCAAACAUAAGCAUGCAUGUCUCAGGGUCAUCUCAAUUAAUGCCGAGCAGCAGUCAGGCAGCUGCUGCUGCGAGUCACUCACAUGAGAGCUGACCUGGAAUUAGCAACAUGUCCCCUUCCUUAUCACUCAGCCUCCUUUUCUGUCGUCUUUUUAAACAGACAUGCACAUAUGCACACGCUCAUCACAGUUCAUUAGCAGCGCUGUCACCGGGGUGACCACCACAGGAACUCACAUACACUUGAUUAAAGGCCAUGGACACCAAACUGUGACAUAACCCCCUCCCUCCAGCCCCGAACUGCUAAGUUUAGAUCCAAGUUAAGUGAUACUAACUGAAGUAAAGAUGCUCUGGUACCGUUUGCUCUGCUGAAUGUGAUGUUGUUGCCGCAAGUUGAUUAUUGUGUGGCUCUGAGAAUGUAUUUCAACUGAAGAGAGUAAAUGAAUCGAAGGAUAAAUAAGGACGCUGUAUGGAGAAGAUGUGUCAGACUUUUAUCUUUAACUCAAGUCUGCUUAGGAGGGUUAAAAGAACACCACUCAGUGUAACUGUUAUUGUUUUAAAUCCUUAGAGUAUUUAUCCAAUUUAGAGGUAACAAGGUAUGUACAGAAGAGAAUUAAGGCUUCUGGGGGGAGGAAAAAAAGGUCCAAUUGAUUUCAAGUCAUAAUUGUUUAAUCUCAGAAUUCUGGGAUUAAAGAAUUCUGAGAUUUUAGUCAGAUUUCUGACUUAAAUCUAGGAAUUCAGAUUUUUUUUUCUCAGAAUAAUACAAAAAAAAAAGUUAUCUCACCUUUUUUUCUUUCUUUGUUUUUUCAGUGGACCUAACCCUCUUCCAUAGAUAUAAGAGUCAGCGCUGAAACCAAAGUAUCAUUAAGAAAAUGUUUUUUUGCACAUUUGUCCAAAUGGAGUUAAAACAACAUUUCUGAAUAGUAAGUUUGCACGUUAAACCACAACGUGCAACCAAACAAUGAAACAAGUAAAUAUGGUGGAGUAUACUAGCGCAUCAGGCCGCCUGAAGUAGCUUACUAUUGGAUCCAGCAGAGGGCGCCCACUGCGUAACCAGACCAUUGAAUGCACUCUUGACCUCAAUAAAGUAAGACACUACUUUUAUUUCAUAAAAAUGGAGGACGUGGUCAAGGCGUGCUAAUCGGACAAUCAGCUCUUUUAAUCGUCAACAAUAACAACACUUGGCAUCGGGUUCAGAAAAACGUAUGACAAAGAUGAAUAAAGUUGUUGAUUUUUUUCUAAGUGCUUGUCUAUUAUUCUUUGUUUUGUUUAGGUGUGUUGGUAUUUCUCAAAACUGUCAAUCAACGAUAACCCUUUUGUGUGUGUUUUUGUGUGUUUGUGUCCUUGCAGGAAGCUGAGGAGGAUUUGGGGGAAUCAGAGGAGUACAAAGAGGCUAGAAACAUGUUGGACUCAGUGAAGCUUGAAGGAUGAUUCCUGCUCUGGUUUCUGUUCUCACUGGGAGAUUUCACUCGCUCUAAAAUGUCCAUUCCUUUCGUCAGGCCCUGCUCGCACCCGUGGAGCCGAACUGAACCUGUUCUCUUUUCUUGAUGUGAUUAUGUCUACUGUUUACUGUUAACGUGCCACCACAUCUGAUCGAUCGUCUCCUGUGUGUAAAACCCCAAAGAGUACAUGAAAACAUUCGAUUUAGAUCAGUUUUUUCUGAAGGUUUUACUCUUCUUACUAACACACUGUCUUCAUUGACUCAUAGACAUGAUUAAACACGCACGUACCUAUCCUA